AUGGCACUCAAUAAACUAAAGAAUAUCCCUUCUUUAACAAACAGUUCCCAUAGUUCAAUCAACGGCGUUGCAUCUAGUGGUACAAACUUAAAGUCUAAUGGUUCAGACACGGAUGAUAUUGAUGAAAAUGAUGAAUCCGGGCAAAGCAUUUUAUUAAACAUUAUAUCCCAGUUGAAGCCUGGCUGUGAUUUAUCAAGAAUCACUCUACCGACUUUUAUCUUAGAAAAAAAAUCGAUGUUAGAGAGAAUCACUAAUCAAUUACAAUUCCCAGAUGUCCUUUUGGAAGCCCAUUCCGACAAAAACGAGUUACAAAGAUUUGUCAAAGUUGUAGCAUGGUAUCUAGCUGGUUGGCACAUCGGGCCCAGGGCUGUAAAGAAGCCUUUGAAUCCAAUUCUUGGAGAACAUUUUACAUCAUAUUGGGAUUUACCUAACAAGCAACAAGCGUUUUAUAUUGCCGAACAAACUAGUCACCAUCCUCCUGAAUCUGCUUAUUUUUACAUGAUCCCGGAAUCAAAUAUCAGAGUCGACGGUGUUGUUGUGCCAAAAUCAAAAUUUUUAGGGAAUUCAAGUGCUGCGAUGAUGGAAGGUUUAACUGUAUUACAAUUUCUUGACAUUAUGGAUGCGAAUGGAAAACCAGAGAAGUAUACUUUGUCCCAACCAAAUGUCUACGCAAGGGGGAUUUUAUUUGGUAAGAUGAGGAUUGAACUUGGGGAUCAUAUGAUCAUUACGGGCCCCAACUAUCAAGUUGAUAUUGAGUUUAAAACUAAGGGUUUUAUUUCUGGGACUUAUGAUGCUAUUGAAGGCACCAUCAAGGAUCGUGAUGGUAAGGAGUACUAUCAAAUUAGUGGUAAAUGGAACGAUAUUAUGUACAUUAAAGACUUGAGAGAAAAGGCUUCAAAAAAGACUAUCCUAUUUAACACGCAUCAGCAUUCUCCUUUAAGUCCUAAAGUACGUCCAUUAGAGGAGCAGGGAGAAUACGAAUCUAGAAGACUUUGGAAGAAAGUUACUGAUGCGCUAUCCGUACGCGACCAUGAGGUUGCCACGGAAGAAAAGUUUCAGAUAGAAAAUCAUCAGAGAGAAUUAGCUAAAAAAAGGGCGGAGGAUGGUGUGGAAUUUCAUCCAAAACUAUUUAAAAGGGCCGAACCAGGUGAGGGUUUGGAUUACUACAUUUACAAGCACAUCCCUGAGGGGAUUGACAAGCAUGAGGAACAGAUUCGGAGUAUUUUAGAAACUGCCCCGAUUUUACCAGGACAGGCAUUCACAGAAAAAUUCUCUAUUCCAGCUUAUAAGAAGCACGAAAUUCAAAAGAAUUAG